AUGGCUAGGCAGCCCGUAGGCGAAACAUCUCUACAAAGUCUCCUCUCAACCUUGAAAGUCACUCUUCAGCCAGCCACGUUUGUCUUCAUAACCUUGCCCAUCCCGCAAGGCGACAUGCCAUUACCUAUCCCCUUUCAGGAUAUUCUCAUGCUCUUUCGCGAAGCCGAGGGUGUGACCUUGAUCGUUCCUCUGCCUGUUGCAGAGAGACUCGGACUUGAGCAUCAGUAUCAGUGCCGUAUGAUCACCUGCGACGUUCAUUCGAGCCUGGAGGCAGUCGGAUUCAUGGCGACCAUCGCCACGAAACUUGCAGAAAAUGGUAUUCCUGUGAACCCCGUCAGUGGAUAUUAUCAUGACCAUCUGUUUGUGUCGGUGAACGAGGCUGAUCGGGCAGUUGAAAUCCUGGAAGAAAUAAGGGAACAAGCGGCAGCUCAAUGA